AUGGAGAUUCUGGACCCGGAGAGUGCUGCGGAGCAAGGAAGGUCGAGGCGGGAUCGAAUGGGCAGUCGCUUCUCCAAACGCUUUCACCGCAUCACCCAUACCCUCUCCAACUUCCAACUCCCCCGCUUUCAACUCCCGCGGAUACCCUGGCCGUCGUGGCGCCCCGACUUCAGCGUCGUGACCGACCACCUGCCCACCCUGUCGGAUGAAUACAAGCCCGGCUGGGCCAUUAUAGCGCGUCUGGUCGGAUUGGUGGUCAUCAUCUCACUCGUCUACGUCUUGAUUGUGAGUGAGGUGGUGCCCAUGGGCGGUGGAUUUGGCACCCCCUUCAAUCCCGAGUGGGUGCGCCAGUAUGGGCUGCAGAGUGUGCAGGGCUCGCUGAUUGAGAAGAAUCUCGAGUACAUCACCAGUUAUGACCAUAUGGGGGGAACAGAGGGCAGCUAUGUGUUGGGGCAGUGGAUAGAGGGCAAGUUCAAGGAUGCGCAUAUGGAUACGUAUACGCAUGAUGAAUAUCAUGUCUACAUGAAUUUUCCCAAACAGGGCGGCCGGAGAGUGGCCAUUGUAGAACCACAGAACAUGGUUUGGGAGGCCAAGUUGGAGGAACCUUCCGUUUUCAACCCACCAAAAGCUCAGACACCUGCGUUUCAUGGACUUUCGGCUUCAGGCAACGUCACGGGACCGUUGAUAUACGUAAACUACUGCGAUAGCAACGAUUUCAAGACGUUGUCGGAUAAGGGUAUUGCUGUAGCAGGCGCCAUUGCCCUAUGUCGGUCCUAUGGAACAUUACCAGAUCUGGGCAUGAAGAUCAAGGCGGCUCAAGAUGCCAAAGUUGCAGGUGUGCUCGUCCUGGCCCGAUGGCAAAUGGAGACCCGGCGAGAGUGUACAGCGUGGCUCGGCAGCGCGGACAAACAUGAUCAUGGGUGA